AUGACUGGCGCCGCCGCAGCACCCCCUGCCAUCAGCCCAUUCGAAAUCGCCAACAUCCAAGCCACAGAAAUCGAGGCCAUCCAGACCAUUCUCGACCAUGACUUUGUGCCCAUCCAGCAGAAGGCGUGGAAGGGCGCUGCCUCGGCACAGCUGCACGAGUUCCAGGUAGUCCUCCGUCCGGACGAAGAGCGUCUCAAACCGCUUCUGUGCGCCUACGUCACCUUCCGCUUGCCGAAAAACUACCCGCUCGUGCCUCCGACCAUCAUCGUCAAGCAGAAUGACGGCAGGCAUCGCGGUCUCUCCACAGACCAUCUUCACAAACUCAGCCACGAGCUCAACCAAAAGGCAAAGUCGCUCCUCGGAGCAGAGAUGAUCUGGGAGCUCAUCACCACCGGCCAGGAAUUCAUCAGCAUCCACAACGCCAUCCCCAGAGAAGUCAAGGACGGCGCGCCCUCGCUCAGCCUCGAACAGGAAAUGCAGAAGCGCGCAAAGGAAGAGCAGGAGCGUCAGCAUGCUCACGAGCAAGAGGAACGCAUCCGUAGAAAGCAUGCUGAAACCUUACGAUCAGAACAGCUCGCCCAGCUCAUCCAGGAGGAGGCCAGCAAGAAAGCAGCGCUGCUCAAGCAGGAAAAGGAGCGCAAGCGAGAGAACAGCUACUUUGCCAAUCACGGCCCUACCAGCCCGGCAAAUCCAUACCCUUCCUCCUCCUCCGCCGCCGCCUCUACCAGCACGACAGCACCGGCCGCUUCCGCCUCGGAUGCUUCGCGAAUCGAGACCUUCCUCGACCCCAUCGAACACAACGGCAGGGUCACCUCGGUCCUCCGCGUCGGUCCCGUCCUAUCCAAAGCAGGUCUCGCCAUCCGCCAUCUCGCCGAGCCCGCCCACGACGAUCCGGCCGACUCACGCGUGCCCUCGCACACCUGGAUCCUCGAACACUACCUCAUCGCAUCCCAGCACUACGCCUACUCCGCCGGCAAGCGCAAGCUCGAAGAGGUCGAGUUCGAGUUCGACAAGCUCGUCAAGGUGCGCGAGCCCGGUCUGCUCAACGUCCUCGCCAGCGCCGUCACCCGCGUCGCAGAGCCCCAGGGCUGGAAGCUCAGCGUCGUCACCGAGCGCACAGAUGGCGUCGCCCUCCGCGGCCUCCUCCAACAGUGCGACUCGCUCCCCUGGAAGCGCGUCCGCCACCAUCUCGCCGCUCUGCUCAAGACGCUCGACUCCCUCCAUACCCGCAACCUCGUCCACCGCAGCAUCGAUCCCGACUCGGUCUUCGUCGAAGCAGGCGCGUCCACAUCCAUCCGCCUCGCAGGCGCGUGCUACUCGCGCCGCCUCAAGGACAUGCACAAGUCGAACCCGCUCAACGACAUCGUCGGCCCCAUCCAAGACGACGUCCACCCAGACGCCUGGAAGCCGCCCGAGGCCAUCGACCAGCCACUCUCCUACAGCAGAAAGCGCGACAUUUGGGAUCUCGGUGUGUGCGCCUGCCAGAUGCUCUUCGGCCCGGACUGCAUCGUCGAGUACGACAUGCCAGAGCACGCCAUUCGCAGCUCCAAAUCGCUCGCUCCUCACGUGCAAGCCUUCCUCUUGCUCAUGCUCGAGCGCGCCUCAAAGAAGCGCCCCACUGCCGCCGCCCUCGUGUCGCGCUUGGAAGAGCUCAUCCUAUACGAGGACACCGAGCUCUCACAGGGCUCCUCCACCAGGAUGGCGCCUCAGGCUUCCGCCUCAAACGCUGCGACCGACUUGGUCACAACGAGCGCCAUCAAGGCCACCCCUCGGCCGGGAACUGCUCGACAGAAGAGCGAUCCUAACAACAAGACUCUCGCCUCGCCCAGCCCCAGACUCGGCAACCCGCUCGAUUCGGAGGCGUUCGGAUCGCUCUGGCCCUUCCGUGCGCCUGGCGGUCCUGGCGCAUCGCAUGCCGCUUCCUCUUCGCGCUACCUCUCCGACUUUGAGGAGGUCGAGUUCCUCGGCAAGGGCGCGUUCGGAAGCGUCGUCAAGGCGCGCAACCGUCUCGACGGCCGCUUCUACGCCGUCAAAAAGAUCAAGCUCUCCAGCUCGCCCGACGAGGACGAGCGGACGCUGCGCGAGAUCAGCGCGCUCAGCCGUCUCGACCAUCCGCACAUCGUGCGAUACUCGACGUGCUGGAUCGAAGAGACGCACGUGCCCAUCACAGGCUUGACUGGCAGCGACACCGACGGCUUCUCCUCCGCACACACGCUCGAGACCAACACGACCACCAGCAAGACGCAUGCCUCCGGACCCAGCCUCUCCAUGUCGGCUUUCCGCAACGGCUUCCAGCGUCCUGCCGCGUCCAAGAAGCCAGGCAACGGCCGCGACGAUUCGUUUCGUGCCGUCCCGGACUUUGACGAGGAUGACGACGUCUUUGCCUCGGGCGCCAGCUCGUCUCGCCUGACAGGCAGCUACAGCGACAUCCGAUUCGCAGACGAUGACGACGACGACAGCAACCCAAAUCCGCGCAACGCCAGCGCUUCCGCCCGCGCCAAAGCCGAGACGUCCUUCAAGGGCGGUCUACUAGCGCUACGCACACCCUCGGACGCCAGCAGUGACGAUGAUUCGGACAGCGACCAGUCGAGCUCCGACGACGACUUUGGGGACGAUGACGACGACGACGACUUCAGCCGCAUCCCUCUGUCGUCGCGGCGUGCCUCCCGCGCGGGCCGGUCCAUGUCGAGGAGCGUCAGCGUCGCUCGACCGGCCGGCAGCGUUCCCGUCCAACGCGUGCUGUACAUCCAGAUGGAGUUUGUCGAGAACCGCACGCUGCGCGAGGCGAUUGAGAAGGGGCUAACCGAAGACGAGGCGUGGCGCAUCCUGCGUCAGAUGGUGGAGGCGCUCGCCCACAUCAGCAGUCUCGGCAUCAUCCAUCGCGACCUCAAGCCGUCGAACGUGCUGAUGUACGCCAACGGCGACGUCAAGAUCGGCGACUUUGGCUUAGCUACCAACGCGCUCCAGAUCGCCGAUGGCAAUGCGGGCACUUUGACCGGCACUGCAGAGCUUGCCGAGAGCACCGAUCUCACCAGCGAUCUGGGCACCUUCCUCUACACCGCCCCCGAGCUGCGCGCCAAGGGCGGCACCAAGUACAACUUCAAGGUGGACAUCUACUCGCUCGGCAUCAUCUUCUUUGAGAUGCUCGCGAGCCAGCGCGUGUACCGCACGGGCAUGGAACGCAUCCUGCUCAUUCGCGAGCUGCGCAAUCAGGGUGUGGGGCUGCCCGCGGUCUGGCCGCACGCCAAGCUCGAAAAACAGACGGCGCUGAUUCGGAAGAUGCUCGACCACGACCCCGAUCGAAGACCGUCGCCGCUCGAGAUCCUCAAGAGCGACCUGCUGCCGCCCAAGAUGGAGGACGAGUACAUCGAGGAGUGUUUGCGCCUCAUGGCGAAUCCGACGAGCGCGUACAAUCACCAGCUCAUGGAUGCGCUCUUCAGCCGAACCGCAGCGGAUCUGGUGCGCGACUUUACCUUUGACACGGGUGCCGAGACGGACCGCGAUACGUCGUUGACCAGCGUGGUGUGCGAUCUGAUUCGCAGUGCAGCGCGCAGGCACGGAGCGGUCGAGUUUGCUGCGCCGCUCAUUGUGCCGCCCAACGGGCUGUACACGGCGAGCGAGAAGAUUGUGCAGAUGCUCGACCGGACGGGCCGCGUGGUGCAUCUGCCGUACGAUCUGACGGUGCCGUUCGCGCGCGUGUUUGCGCGCAGCAGCAACCAGCGCUUCAAGCGGUACGAGAUCGGCAACGUCUUUCGCGAGAACGUCGUGGCGGGCGGACAGCCACGUGCGGUGCUGGCGGCGUCGUUCGACAUUGUGUCGCCGGAAAAGUCGGCGGCUGCCGAGGCCGAGGCGCUGGCGCUGGUGGAAGAGGUGCUGGACGAGAUCCCCGGCGUGGCGAGCGAGAACUGGGUGAUCCACAUCAACCACGAGGUGAUCCUGUCCAUGAUCCUCGACCGCAUCCCUGCCAAGCACCAUACGGCGGUGCUUGGCGUGGUGGCGCUGCUCGCCGGAUCCAAGACGAUGCAGGCGGCGCGCACGCAGCUGCUGCAGCUCGGCCUGCCGCGCUCGACGAUCGAAGAGCUCGAAGCCUUUAAUCUCAAUGACGACGUGGCUGCGGUGCACCGACGGCUGGAACGGCUCUUCCCGCUGGACCAGCGCACGCGGCUGGCCAAGGCGGUGUCGCAGAUUUCGGACGUUGUGGCCACGGCGCGCUUCUUUGGCGUGCAGCGCCGCUUCCUCUUCUCGCCGCUGCUGGCGCAGUCGAGCAGCCUGUACAAGGGCGGUGUGCUGUUCACGGUAGUGCGUGCGGGCAAGCGGCGCGACGUGGUGGCGGCAGGCGGGCGGUACGAUGCGCUGCUCAAGCACUUUGCCAAUCCCUCGACGGCGUCUGCGGCGCCUUUGCACGGUGUGGGCGUGCAGCUGGCGGUGGGCAAGCUCACGCUGGGCCUGUCUAAGUACCAGGAGGUGCAGGUGCCCAAGCUGCUGUCGCGCACCGAGGAGGAGCGCAGCUUUGGGCUGUACACGCCGCGGCGGUGCGACGUGUACGUGGCCUCGACGCCCGGCCUGCUCGAGACGCGCAUGGAGAUCUGCCGCGAGCUGUGGGCGCACGGCAUCGCGGCGGAUCUGCAGUACGAGCACGCGACGUACGACACGCCCGAGAGCGCCGCCGCCACGUGUCGCGCCGAAGGCAUCCUGCUGCUUGUGUUUGCCAAGGCUCGGUCGCCCGUGCUCAAAGUCAAGGUGGUGCUGCAGCGCGCCGAGUUUGAGGUGGCGCGGCACGAGCUGGUUGGAUUCGUGCAGGACCGCAUCGCACGGCAGCGCAGCAUCGAUCUGCAGGUGGCUGGCUCUGCAGGCGGCGCCGCUGGGUCCGGCCGAUUCGGUGCGGUGGGGGCGGACGUGGUGGGAUCGCGCUCGGCCACAGCUGCGUCAGGCGCGCCGGGCUCGCUUGGCGGAGGCCAUCAUUUCCACCACCACCACCACCACCACGCGCACGGCGGCUUCACUCGCACGUACAGCGGCAACGAGGUGAUGCCGUCUGCGACGAUCGCGGUGCGCGAGCGCGAGAUGCUGCUGCCCGAACGCCCGAUCGAGCGCUCCAAAAAGGGCGACAAGAGCCAGCAGAACCGACCCAAGCCGUCGAGCCGACAGCUGGUGCUGGACAAGGCGAGUCGGCAGGUGAGCAAAUUCGCGGACCAGCUGCAGGCGGGCAACGUGCCCAUUCUCGCCGUCGACUUUACCGGCGCCAACUUCGACCGGCUCGCUGCGGCGCUCACGGCGUGUCUGGGCAGCCACGGCGGCGCGGGCGGUGCGGGCGAGGGCGAGGGCGAGGACGAGGGCGCCUACAUGUUCCGCGCGUUCCUCGAGACGCUGUCUGCCGACGAGCGCGAGUAUGCGCGGCUGAUCAAAGCACGCGCCAUCGCCGCCGCGUUUCCCGACAGCAGCGCCGUGGGCGUGGUGGGGUGCGGACGGGUGUUUCUCUACUCGCUGCGCGAGGACCGAACUGCAUUGAUCGGAUGUGGGCGCUGA